AUGGCUAGUUUUUCCAUUGGAGACAUUGUUCUCUGCAGUCAAAUCGCUUACCGACUCCUCACUGCUGCAACAACUGGUCGGAAGAAUGCACCACGCGACCUAAGGGAACUCGAGCAUACACUAUUAGCUUUGAAUUUCUCACUUACUCGGCUUCAAAAGGCCUCCGCUGUGAUCUUGUCUAGAAACACCAACCUGGACCCCGAUGCUGCCGAUAUACAAAAACACUUAGGGCUUAUGGUUCGAUUGUGCCGCCAAACCCUAGAAGAUCUCGAACGAAUGACUGCCAAAUACCGCGACAUUAUGAAAGUUUCCACUUCAAUCCAGUGCAUUGAUAGUCCCGGCAGUACCUCUCUAUUCACACUCAAGGUACAAUGGCGGAGAUUCAUGUGGGACCUCAGAGGAGAGUCAUUGACCCGCUAUCGACAAAAGCUUGAGACCCAUACUGCUGCAAUUAACCUUAUGUUGAACACUUGCAUAUGGUCCACUGCCGAUCGCAUCGAGGAAGACAGCAGGCGUCAAGGCCAAAGAAUAGAGGAACUACUCCACCAAGCAUCCAAUUUCAACGGCACAUUCUCUCAUCUCAUGCAGAGUAUCCACCUUUCCAUCGUAUCUCAUCGGCACUCAGUAUCUCCUGUGUCAUCUCCAUCCUCGAUGCUAUCCGGCUCAGCAUUGAGGGAAGAUGAUCCUAGUGAGAUAUAUGCUCCAGACAAUCAUGGCCAUAUGGUAUCCAGUCAGAUCAGAGCUUAA